AUGGCCACAUUCCUGAGGAGUUUGAUCUGGAUGCUGCUCUUGUUCCCAAAGCUGAGAUGUGACGCUAAUCCAGGACCAUCAGCGGAUACAGAUGGUCUGGCUGAAGCUCAGAGUGGCGCUGCACCUACUGCCGAAGGUUAUUUCCUGGAGUUCCAGGAGCAAGUCAACAACAUCACCCACUUCCAGGGCCAGACAGCCACACUGCAUUGCAAAGUGACAGGAAACCCACGACCGUCCAUCCGCUGGCUGAAGAAUGACGCCCCUGUGGUCCAGGAGCAGGGACGUAUAACCAUCCGCAGGACAGAGGCUGGAUCAAAGCUCCGCAUCCAGGACCUGGACACUACAGAUACUGGCUAUUAUCAGUGUGUCGCCUCCAACUCAAUCAAGGUCAUCUCUGCCACAGGCGUGCUGUACGUCAAACUGGGACUGAUGCCCACACAAAGCCCAGAUGAAUCGUCACGAGAAAAAGGUUUCUGCCAACCGUAUCGAGGCAUCGCCUGUGCUCGCUUCAUUGGCAACCAGAGCAUCUAUGUUGAGUCCCUGCAGAUGCAGGGGGAGAGCGAAAACCGUAUCACUGCUGCUUUCACUAUGAUUGGUACGUCCACCCACCUGUCGGAUCAGUGCUCCAGGUUUGCCAUCCCAUCCUUCUGCUACUACGUCUUCCCUCUGUGUGACGAAGGCUCUCGGGCCCCCCGGCGCCGUCAGCUCUGUAGAGAUGAGUGCGAGGCCCUGGAGAAUGACCUGUGCCUGGCAGAGUACACCAUCGCCCGAUCCAAUCCCAUGAUCCUCAUGCAACUGAAGCUCCCCACCUGCCACCUGCUGCCACGGCCAGGCACGCUUGAUGCUGCGUCCUGCAUGAGGAUAGGAGUGCCACCAGAAAAACUAGGUCCAUAUUCCCCCGAAGACCACAUCUGCUACAAUGAAAGUGGGGCUGACUACAGGGGCACAGUCAGCAUCACUAGAUCUGGUCACCCCUGCCAGCCAUGGAGCUCUCAGUUCCCUCACAGUCACCAUCUGUCCCAGGAUUACCCCGAGCUCUGGGGAAGUCACAACUUCUGUCGUAACCCAGGAGGCCAGAUGCAGGCCCCCUGGUGCUUCACCUUGGACCCACAUGUCAGGGUGGACCUGUGCGACAUCCAAUCCUGCAAUCCUCCAGAAAACCCAAGAAAGGAGAUACUGUUCAUUUUAAUCCCUGCAAUUGCCAUCCCAUUGGUCAUCGCUUGCCUCUUCUUCCUGGUGUGUAUGUGUCGCACAAAGCAAAAGGCUUCGACUGACACACCACCUCGCCAGCUCAGCAGCUCACCCAGCCAGGACAUGGAGCUCUCUCUCCUCAGUCAACAAAAACACCAGGCCAAGCUGAGGGAGAUCAAUAUGUCAGCAGUACGUUUCAUGGAGGAGCUUGGUGAGGAUCGGUUUGGCAAGGUUUACAAGGGUCAACUGUAUGGCACCACUCCUGGUGAGCAGGUCCAAGUUGUGGCCAUAAAGACAUUGAAAGACAAGGUUGAUGUCACUCUCUGUGAGGAAUUUCGCCAUGAAGCAAUGCUCCGCUUUCACAUACAGCACCAAAGCAUAGUAAGUUUGCUGGGUGUGGUCACCAAAGAGCAACCAAUGAGCAUGAUAUUCACCUACUCCAUUCUUGGUGACCUGCAUGAGUAUCUGGUGAUGCGCUCCCCAAACUCAGAUGUUGGCAGCUCAGAUGAUGAUAAGACCGUCAAGUCCACUUUGGAACAGGCUGAUUUCCUUCAUGUUAUCACCCAGAUUGCUGCUGGAAUGGAGUACCUUUCCGGCCAACAAUUGAUCCAUAAAGACCUUUCUGCACGAAACAUCCUCGUCUUUGACAAACUCAGCAUCAAGAUACUUGAUCUGGGCUUGUUCAGAGAUGUCUACUCUGCCGAUUACUACAAUCUCCAGGGCACAGGCCUUUUCCCUAUUCGUUGGAUGUCCCCAGAAGCAAUUAUGUAUGGCAAGUUCUCCACCGACUCUGACAUCUGGUCUUACGGUGUGCUGCUGUGGGAGACUUUCAGUUAUGGUCUGCAGCCGUACUGUGGCUACUCCAACCAGGACGUGAUCGAGAUGGUACGCACCCACCGGCUACUGCCAUGUCCCGAUGACUGCCCAGCCUGGAUUUACACUCUCAUGCUGGAGUGUUGGAGUGAAUUUCCAGCAAGAAGACCUCGCUUCAAGGACAUUCACACACGCCUGCGCUCUUGGGAGAGUCUGUCUAACUAUAACAGCUCUGCUCAGACUUCUGGCACCAGCAACACUACUCAGACCAGCUCUCUCAGCACAAGCCCUGUUAGCAACAUUAGCAUGAGCACUGCAAAUGCAUCCCGCUACACCAGCCCGAAAAAGAGCUCACCAUUCCAUCAGCCCCAGUUCAUGCCCAUGAAGGGUCAAAUGCAUCGGCCAAUGGGACCACAGCUCUACAUUCCUGUCAAUGGAUAUCACCCAAUGUCAGCUUACCCAUACCUGCAGAACUUUUACCCCAUGCAAAUACCCAUGUCAAUGCCCCACCAGCAGAUGCACCACCAACCCCAAAUGGUUACCAAAGCUGGUUCUCACCAUAGUGGCAGUGGAUCCACAUCUACAGGCUAUAUCACCACUGCCCCUUCCAACAACUCUGUGACAGAGCGAGCAGCUCUAUUAAAUGAGAACUCCAAGACAACUGAUGAGGACUUGGCUGACAGGGCAUCCCAGGAGGAGAGAGACCACAAUGAGGACUUGUCAGUGCCUGAAACAGAAUUGCUAGGUGAUAAUGACCCUCCACAGACUGAAGAAAUGGUGGUCCGCUUGUCAGACACAUAAGUGUGGUGAUGUUUGAAGGACAGUUGAGCUAAAAUAUUCUGUGAGCUGUGCUUGCUUGCCAGAAAAUUCAAUGAGCAGCGUAAAGUGAAAGGAGAAAUUCUGUGGAACUGUGACUGAAUGUUUUUUUAUGGGUUUCUUAGAUAGGGCAGAUACAUUUGAAUUCCAAGUGUUUGUCAUGUUUGUACCUCUUACAUGCCUUUGUCAAAGAGUAAGCAAAAUUCAGAGUGCAAUGCCUAUUCUCUUGAAUGCCAAAAGAGCAUUGUCCACCUAUAAAGGCAGCCCUGCCUACCAGUUGGUAAGAAUUAGCAAAAAGUUAGGUGAUCACUCACACUCUUCCCACCUGUCAACAAUGCCAGUGGUGUUUAUUGGAAUGUACAACCAAGCCAUAGGUAUUGCUACCAGAACCCAGAACUGAACCCAGUUUUCUGUGGUACAAGACAAGGGCUUUGCUUGUGUGCAAUUUGUGCACCCUUUGACAAUUUGAUGUUGUUUUUGAGGUGAUUAUUUUGUGGUUUGUGAAAGCCACAGACAUAGAACAAUAGAAUGUAUGAUGACCAAAGAUAGUAGUUUUGAAAGUAGCUUUGUUAUUAAUGAAGUUCACUACGAUGUAUUGUGUAACUUACCGCCAUCAAACAAAAGAAUAAGAACAAAGACUCUUGUUGAAUCUCAUUUGAGAGAUUCAUUGACAAAGGUCUUAUUCACAACAUGUUUCCCAUGAAGCGGAUCCUUUUUAUAUCUACUUUUUUA